AUGGUUAUACAGGAUAUGGUGAAGCAAUAUGGGAGGAAACAUGUGAAGCCUAAUUGUCUUAUGAAAAAUGACUUACAAAGGCCAUAUGACACAGUAAAUUGGGAAUUUUGGAAGGAAAUGGUGCAAUACCUAGACUUCCCUCAGUCAUUUAUUGAAUUAGUCAUGCAAAGUGUUACAACACCAAAAUUCUCCCUCAUGAUUAAUGGCUCAAUGAAGGGGUUUUUCAUGUCUUCCAGAGGAUUAAGACAGGGUGAUCCCAUGUCACUAUUACUGUUUGUAAUAUGCAUGAAAUACUUAUCAAGGAUUUUGAUGAAAAUGAUUGAGCUAGAGCAGUUCAAGUUCCAUCAUAGAUGCAAGGAAAUAAGAUUAACACAUAUGUGUUUUGAACAUGAUUUGAUACUAUGUUGCAAAGGGGACUACGAUUCUGUUGUUUUGAUGUUGAGAGCUUUUAAGCUAUUUUCUGAGACCUCAAGCUUAAAGGUUAAUGUGAACAAGUCAGCUAUGUAUACAUGUGGUAUGCCAGAUAUAGAUGUUACAAGGAUAGCUGCAAUUUCUGGAUUGUCACAACAAGCUUUGCCAUUUAAGUUCUUAGGUGUGCCCAUUUGUGCCAAGAAGAUUUCUGCAGCUCAAUGUGAAGCAUUGAUUGACAAGAUGACUGGAAGAAUUAGAGUAUGGAGUAGUAGGAAUAUGUCCUACACUGCUAGGACCCUCCUAAUUAACUCAGUUCUGAGUAGUCUACAUUCAUAUUGGGAUCAAGCAUUUGUACUGCCAAGGCUACUUUAUCUUCCAACCAUUUGCUCCCGGUCAUGGCUACUUUAUCUUUCAUUGUGA